UCGGACCCCAUCUUUGGAAGCUCCAGAGCCAUGGUCUCAGGACAGGGAGGCCACUGGAGGCCUUGAGAUCGAACCCUUGGAGUGGAGGCAGUGGAGGUGGUGAUCGAUUGCGGGGUCGCUUCCCGUGUGCUCGGCAACGUGUGGCGGUGGCUGGCGGACGACAAACCUUGUUAUUAGUUAUUGUGUCACAUGCAUUCACAUGCAAGGUUUUUCUUUUGCCAGACCAUGCUUUCUGCAACUUCCCUUACCCUUCCUCUCUUCCAAGACAAUCCAGGAUUUCCCAGUCGCUGCAACAGUUUUCCUUAUUAGAAUGUAAUAAUACUUGUGCGGGUUUGGGGGUCUGACGAGUUGUUGAAUGUGAAACGAGUAUCAGCGAGUCAAAGUCACUCCAGAAUCCACUCGUGGUCGGCUCCCUUUGUGCCAUUCUGGUCCUGGCCCACGACCGCCGACCGCCGAGGAUACAGAGUCAAGUACGGCCAUGUGCCCAGCUACGAUUCUGCAGCCUGCAUUGCUGCUGGAGUGGCCCUGAUGACCUCGGCUCUGGAGAACGGCUCAUGGUCGGGGCUCACGACGAUGGAGCGUCGGGAGUGGAUCCGAAGCUCCCUAGGUCGUUUUCAAGAUGAGACGGUCUUCGGCCGGAUCCGCUUCGACCGCAACAACCAGAACAUUGGCCGAGCUAUUGUGAGUUGGCAGGUGCUCGAGGACGGUGAAGCAAGGUCCGAGGUGGUUGUCCUCCUGGAAGCUGGGCUGGGCCACGCGGCAACCUUCCGACCAAGCACAUGUCGAAAGUGUCCAUUGGGCACAUUCCGUGCAGCCAAUAGCAGCAGCGGCUGUGUGCGAUGCACAGCUCAAAGUUAUGGGGAUGAGUUGGGCCUGGAGGCAUGCAAGCCGUGCCCCUUUGGAAGUUCGCAAUGGGAACUUGGUCAGCAGUACUGCCUUUGCGAGGUGGGCUUCUUCAAGAAUCCCAUGGAUCAAGCACCCGCAGGGGCUUUGCAGCGGGCGCUGCUCUAUAUGAUGGUGGGGAUCCCUCCUAUGUGGUUCAAUGUGGCGACAACUCCCGAAAGCAGCUUUGUGGUGUGGCCCCUCAUCGUGGCUGGCCUCUUUGUGCUGCUGGCGCUGGUGGCCUUGUACCUCUCGGCCACACGGGUGGACCGGACACACCGGGAUUCCUUGUGCAUCAUCAUCUUCUCCGCUGGGCUCACCUUUGCAUCAGUAAAUGGUUUGCCAAUGUUCAGCAGCAUCGAUGUGGAGCUGGUGGAGCCGCUGAAGAGCCUUCGUUCCGUGGCCUUGGUCUUGUCCUUCGACUUCGACGUCCUGAGACCCGGCUGUUGGUUUGGAUCUCGAGAUCCAGUGUCCAGCUACAUCGUCUCGAUUCUUUGCUAUCCCGGCAUGGCAUUUGCCGUGCUCUCGGCCUUUGCCUUUGGAAAGUAUGUGAUGAAGAAGGACAUCACCUGGAAUGAAGUGAUCUACGCGGAAGGCGUUCUGAUGUUGGCGAUCUUUAUGGUCUUCAUGGCCUUGACUAUGAGACCCUUUCGUUGCGUGGCAAAUCCCGACGGCUCGUUGUCCCUGGGAGUUCACCGGAGUGUACUUUGUUGGGAAGACAGUGCCCAUCUCGCCUUGUCCAUCACGUCCAUGGUGCCCUUCUUCGCGGGUGUGGUGCUCUUUUUGGCCCUGCUCGCCCGCAAGGCCUUCGAGUAUCCCAGAAGGCUACGGAGAUUUGGUGGCGCUAAGUGGGUGAAGCAAUGGGCCUUCAUGUUUGGUCACUUCACCCCGAGCUGCUAUUACUUCUCGCUGAUCUUGACCUUCCGCAGCUUCCUCAUUGGCCUUAUCCCGGUCUUCUUCACCGCGCAAAGCAGCUUGUUGGUCCUCUCAUUGGCUUUCCCCAUGUGCACUUACUCCCUUCUGCAGGCGAGGCUUUGGCCCUGGAGGACGCAGUUCGCCAACUGGAUGGAUGCAGGCCUGUCGCUGUUGCUGAACAUGAGCAUGAUCAGCGCCACAACUCUAUUGGACUUCGACAUUAAAGAGGAGCUGUUCAAUGUCCAGGUGCUCUCCAUGAUCGUGGUCGUCAUCUCCUUUCUGUGCGCCGCCUUUGCACUGGGCUUGGCCGUGCGGCGGGUUUACAAGCCGAUGUGCCGCUAUGGAGUCUUCCUAAGCCAUCAUAAGCUGGGUGCUGGCUCACUUGCCAGGUGGUUUAAGAUGAUGAUGGCCGAUACGAUCUCCAAUCGAGUUUUUCUGGACUCCGAUGACGUCAACAAGCUGGAUUCCAUCCUGGACGUGACAUCACGGGAUACCGAGAAUGUCGUGGUCCUCAUCACUUCAGAAACUCUGAAGAGGAUGUGGUGUGCUGCAGAGAUUGCCAGCGCGUGGCAUUCCAAUACAAACAUUGUGUUGGUGACGUGUGAUGGCAACGAUAUUGACGAAGAUGUGAUUCACAUGGUGCCGGGCCUAUGGAAUGACGAACAAGAGGCCACCUUGGUCAACUGCGGAAUCUCAGUCGACAUGGUGGUUGAAGCCUAUCGGGGCCUCCGCUUGAACGCGAACCGUGUGGAGUUAGAUCGGACCCAAGCCAUCCCUCGCGCACAUUUGGCAGCGGUGACACAAUCCUUAGCCUUGUGUCGAGGUCUCAAAUGGAAGAGGUUCAGCAGUAGUCGUGUAACCCUGCGACGUGGCAGUUCCGACUAUGGUGCUGUGGUGAUGCUUGGGGAUUUGGCAGCUCCGGAAGCUGGCUGUUGCGACGCGGAAAGGGCAUUGAAAUUGCUGUCACGCCUUCCUGGGCAAAUUGCAGCUGUCUGGUACUCUGAUGAUGAGGUGUUUCAUGAGCGUAUCAUGAUAUGGAGAGUAGAUGCUUUGACAUGGUAUGUGUUGACCCCUGACAGAGACUUGUAUGCUGAGAACUUUUCGGGGACAUCGGACAACGGGCCAGUCUCUUUCAAGCUGAAGGGUGGUGAUUUCAAUUACUUCUCUCGGCUGGGCCAACCUGUUUACCGAUUUGAUGGGCACCCUUCAAACGAAGAGUUCAAGGAGUAUGUUGAGACCGCUUUGAAGGAGCUUGGCAUCUUAGGCAAGGCCGAUAUGGGAUGGAGACCUCAGAAGAUCUUUGACAUGGAUGGCGCUGAACAUGAGGCCACAGCCUUUCUGGGACGAUUGCUUGUCCCAAGGCGCAUCCGUGGGGGUGAUCAAGGGAGGCUCGAACUUCCAACAGAGACUCAUGUAGCUGAUGUUGGCCCUGGGGUUGCACAGGCUCCGGAUGGAUCACUUUGGGUUGCAGUUCAUCCCACUCUGGACUUUAAGCUGGGGUCGGAAGCGGUGGACAGCCUGAACAAAGGCGUUAAGCUCGAUGACAUCCACUGUGCUGUUCCCGGACCACGGGGCUGGACGAUAUUCAAAUUGGUUGGUGCAGUCCAGGCUCCUGCCGUGGUUGAUGACUUGAACAGUGCCUUGAAGCGCAGUCUAGACUUAGGCAAAGUUGAACCUUCAGCUGAGCCCAAGGUUUCAGACCCCAAGGAGGAGGUUGGGGGCGAUGGGCCGGAGGAGACCGAUGAUGCAAGAACCCUGCCUGUCGAGUAUGAUGAACAAGGGGAAAGAUACAAACCUUGGAGAGAUGUUUGCAAAGAGGACAAUGACCGGGUCAUGCACGAGAUGAGGGCUCUCAUGGAGUGCCUGGAGCAUGGUGGAUCAUAUGACCAGCUGAACCUUGCUAGUCUGGCCUGCGUGGAAACAAUUUCAAGACGAGUUCAAAGCAUCGUUGAUGCCUACAACAGUGGCAGCAGCUCUGCUCCAGAUUGGGGAGCAGCUCGCAUUCUGUCCGGCUACCAAGGACCAGAAGAUGUGGUGAUGCCGGGUCUUCGCUCUUGGGCAGCCAAGAAGGGCAAAGAAGAAGUUGAAUUGGCCGCGGCCAGAGCCAAGAUCAGGGAGCACAAGAAACUCUCCAUUCCCACUGACGAGGCGGCCAAAGCGAUUGCUGAUGGAAAUCUUCCUCAAGGCAGCCGUCCAGAUCCAGCUCGGCGUUCACGAGACUUGUUUCCCUUGCCAGAGCUUUUGCCGGACAAUGCCCGUCGAUAUCUGCAGGGACCUAAGCUCAUGCUCAAGGAGACGGUGGAUGCCGAAUCUCGAAACCAAGACUUUGUGGACGAGCUGAACUCAAUGAACCUGUUCAUUGGCUUAAGCGAUGUGAAGGAUUGUUUUCACAGGCUCAGACAACCGAGAUGGCUUGCAGAGUACUUUUGUUUUAUGCCAAUCCGGGCUCAUUGGGUGGGUCUUGGUGGGAAGGUGCUGGAUGGCGUGACCUUGAAGGGCAACGACCUUAUCUAUCCCAUGACUUGGACGAGCACUUCGGCGGCCGGGGAUUGCUUCUUCAUCCUGGGGAGGCCAUCAGAGGGCUUCUACGCAGAGGGCAGGCUCUUGCGACGUGCCUUGUGGACACCAAAGCUUUGGGGUCAUUGGCAGUAUGGAGACGAAGGCAUCAUAGUUCUGGAAGCGAGAGCUGCUGUGAAGAGAACUCGCUGCCUGCCGGCGCCGAAGACAGUUCAGCCGGCAGGAAAACGUCGGGUGGAAAAGGUGUUGAAGGCGGGAAAACCCGCUUUGAAUCAAAAAGUUCAGAACCACCAAUCCGUUCUCAAGCCAGCCCCUCUUCGAGAUCAAAUCGCCACUUCAGCUCUCUUGCCAGAGAACCAAAAGCUGGAGGAAGUGAAUGUGAACGAUGCCCCGCUAGUCAACAAGGCUCCACACCCGGCGUCAAGCAGCUCAGACAGCAGCAGCGAUGUCGACCUCAGGGGAAAGACCCAAAAGACUCUCCACAGUCGUGGGAAGUACAGAAGAAAGAAAUAUGUAGACCUGCUGAUGGCAGGCCAAGGUCCCGACAACCUGAGCUUGUUGGAACGUCGGGCCGUGGGACUUGCCACCGAAAAGAUGUACAUGAAAGAGUACGAAGAGUUCAUGACCUUCGCCAGACCGCGCGGCUUGAACCUAGACCAUGCCGAAAAGGUAGAUGCACUCUUGGUGGAAUUCAUGAACCUCCAGUUCCUGAGUGGGCACCAAGCUUACAAAGGGGACAGGCUGAUAGCCAGCUGGAUGCACCACCGUGUGAUGUUCAGCAAGGUUGGCGCGAAGAGGAUACCAAGAGCAUUGAGGGCUUUGAAAGGCUGGAGGAGACUGUGCCCUGGAAGGUCCCGUACACCAUACCCUUUGGCGGUGUGGUGCGGGAUGGCAGCGCUGAUGAAGGAGAUGGGGCACCCUAUGAUGAGCAUCUUUGCCAUGCUGUCCCUCUCUACGUAUGCGCGGCCCUCGGAGAUUAGUCGAAUGAAGACCUUCAGCUUAGUCCAGCCAGCCCCUGGGGUGACAGCCGCUUGGAGCGUGUUGUUGAAUCCAGAGGAGCUGGGACAGCCUUCAAAGACCAACGAAUACGAUGUCAGCAUCCUGUUAGACUCGCCCUAUAUGACCUCCUGGAGCCCUCAACUCUUCAAGGUGAUGAAAGAGGCCAGAUCGACCGAUGCACUCUGGGACUUCAGCUACAGUCAGUACCUGACGGUCUUCCGCAAGUGUGCCGACCAGCUGGGAUUGAACCUCAGCCCCUACCACUCCAGGCACAGCGCUCCUUCGAUCGACCGUGUGAAGAGCCUGAGGAGUGCCUUGGAGGUCCAGAGACGGGGAAAUUGGAAAUGUGUCAAGUCGGUCCAACGAUACGAGAAGGCAGCUCGCUUGGCCCGCAGUUGGGAGACAGUUCCAUCGGCAAGUCAGCACUACUGCCCAGCAUGCGAAAAGGACUUCGCGGCCUUCAUGCUCGGCCGCAAGCGAUUGCCUCCGUCCGCUUCCCUAGGCGGAAUGAGAAAAGCUGCUACAUAG